CUGUAAAAAAUCUGAUCCGUGUUUUAUCUUUCCAUGUUUUUUCCGUGAAUGUAUCAUUUUCAUGGAAUUUAUAGCCUUAAAUCAUGGAAAUUUUCAUCUCGCUAACACGGAUAUCCGUGAAUGUAUCAUUUUCACGGAAUUUUUACGGAAGACACGGAGAAAUAAUGGAAAUAUUCGGAUAAAAAUUUUUUAUAGGGAAGACAUUAGAUUAGAUAAACUGGAUUCAUAAAUAGGAUAUUGAAUGGAGUUUAUAAAGGAAGAAAAGGAAUUAUGGUCUAAAAAAGAAGGAUCUUUUGAAUUGAUUUUGUAAGAAUGGUAAAUUGAAUAUCGAAUGAUUUUAUUCAAUCUUAAAAAGAAUGCUCGGUAUUACUUAUAUUCUUUUAGUCACAAAAUAAUGCUAACCCAAAAUGCAAUUUCUUCCUCAUUAGCAUUCAGGCGUAUAUUCAUUAGUAAGAAAUCAUGUAUUUUGGACUUUAUAGCAGUUUUCCAUUUUCUAAUAUUUAGCAUCACCUCUUUUAAUUUUUAAGAUUAUUUAAAAAGUAUAAGGGUAAACAUUCACGUAAACUGUAAAUUCAGUUUUAUAAAUUUGUAAAUUUAAAUUUUUCUAUCAAGAAGUUCUAAUUGUUAUAUAUAAUUUUUAUAAAGCUAUCAGGAAUUUUAGGAUGGGAAUCAAAAAAAAAUUUUUAAGCAUGAUAUGGUCUUUGAUUUUUCCAAAUCAUCUUAGCCAAAUGAUAAGGGAGACUUUUUCAUUCUUUAAAUGCAGAAGGAAAGAAU